UGGGGCCUUUUGUCAUCCGCCACACCAUCACCAUCAGAUCCAUAUAAGAUGCUUCAUGUCGAGAUCUUCACACGAGGAGGUCUUUAACCUGACCGACCACUUCCAGAUCGCUCCCUUACAUUGUCCAACAUGGCUCCAGGUCAAGCUCAUCCUGCGACACUGGCACUUCAUGCCGACGACCCUCUGCAUCUGGUGACCGACGUCGCUCCCCCGAUUCAUCUUUCGACCACCUUUCGCUUCCCAGACAACCCCGAUGACCUGAUUCCGUCUGUAGACCCUGUUGACGAGUUCACCGGCAAGAACUACGUCUAUUCCCGCGAAUUCGCGCCCAAUGCAACCCGCUUCGAAUCCAUCCUGACGAGUCUGAUUGGGGGACAUGCCGUGAGCUACGCCACCGGCCUCGCGGCUCUCACCGCAGCGCUGACUCUGUUGAAUCCUCGACGCAUUGCUGUGGGACAAGGCUACCACGGCAGCCAUGAAGUCAUCGCCGUGAUCUCCCGCCUUUCGGGGCUGCAGAAACUCGAAUUAGACUGCCCUGCUGAGAGCUUGGAGAAAGGCGACGUCGUUCUUCUGGAGACGCCGAUCAACCCUUUAGGCACGGCCUUUAGCAUUGAAGCAUAUGCCAAGAAGGCGCACUCCCGCGGCGCAUACCUGAUUGUCGACAGCACAUUUGCGCCACCCGGCUUGCAGGAUCCCUUCCAGUGGGGGGCCGACCUCGUUCUGCACUCGGGAUCCAAGUAUUUUGGCGGACACAGUGACAUGCUGUGUGGUGUGCUCGCCACCAAGGACAGCAGGUGGAAGAAGCAGCUUAUCGAGGAUCGGCUGGCCGUGGGCAACGUGAUCGGAAACCUGGAGGCCUGGUUGGGGGUGAGGAGUCUACGGACUCUGGAGGUCCGCGUGCAGCGCGCAAGCCAGACCUGCGGCAAGCUGGUCUCCUGGCUGGAUCAGGCCAUGAAGUCCGCCAACCCCGCGCCCGGCAGCGAAGAGAACGUAGUGCAGUCCGUGGUGGGCACAAUAUACCAUGCGAGCCUGCAGGACGAGCCAUGGCUGCAGAAACAAAUGCCUAACGGGUUCGGCCCGGUCUUCGCGAUUGUGCUCAAUCAGGAGGAUUUUGCGCGUAGCCUGCCCAGCAAGCUGAGCUUCUUCCAGCAUGCGACCAGUCUAGGUGGUGUGGAGUCGCUGAUCGAGUGGCGCGCGCUUUCUGAUUGUCGCGUGGAUCGGAAAUUGCUGCGGAUCAGUGUUGGUCUGGAGCACUGGCAGGACCUGAAGAACGAUUUGCUGCAAGCUUUCAAGGUGUUGAUCAAUGCACAAAUCUAGCUGGAUAGUUCUUUUCUGGUGCUGUGGAGAAAAUUCACCAUUAGUCGCAUGUUCUUUGAGUUUAUAGGGUCAGGUUAGGGAUUUAAUCACUUUGUUCAUCACUGCCUUCCCUUCUGCAUUUCAAGCUCUCGUGCAAAGCGCCCGCGUAUACCAUCGGAACCAGGGCUCUUGGAGACAUGGCUGAAUCGCGAGAAAUAGGUGUAACGCCUCCAUUGAGUUUGAGAUUUUGACGGCGGCCCUGCGGCCUUGGUGGCCAGGCUGCAAACCUCGGUGGCCUCAGCUAGUUCCUCCAGGAUAGCCCGACGUAGUCAGAAUCA